UUAUCGAGGAUACGCGCUCGCUGAAGUCUACAAUUGAGCUCCCGCAUGGUGAAGAGGUGAAUUUCGUUCCAAAUAAUAAACAUGAGGCUUUUGGGUGUGCUUUGUGUUGCAACUGUGGUGUUUUCCGCGCCAUCGCCGCAAUCCAGAAAUACGAUAGAUUUCCUUCUGGAUUUGAACCAGGAUGUGUUAGAAGCAGAAAAAGAGACACCGGCUUCCGUUCAACCUCUUCCCCAAGCUCAAGUUACUCAGGUGGCAACGAGUACUGCUUCUACCAAUGUAACGACCACCACAACUGUGAGUCCAGAGACUCCGGCUCCAGUGCGAGAGGAACAACCCAAAGAACAGCAAAUUCAGGAUAGCCUAAAGCCAACAGAUAAAAUGCCCAUGAAUACUUCUGUGGAAAGUGAAUCAGUUGAAUCAAAUAUGAGUGAUGAGCAAAAUGUAACUAGUGAAGUAACACACGAAGAGGACAUAUCAAACGAAACAAGUGAAAAAGAUUCUAAUGAAAAUACGACAAAAACCGAUCUCGAUAGUCGCGAGGAUUCCAACUCCACGGAGAAUUCGACGGAAGAUAAGCAUCACGGAGAAACCGAAAGAAAAGUCACCCAAGUGACUCAUUCUCCACAGGAUGAUCCCACAACCGUACAGCAACAAGAAAUGGUUGAUUUGCGUCUAACGAACAAUGCAGCUGUGGACAAUAUCCAAAAGGUUGAAGUCAAACCGAAUCAAGUUGUCAAUCAUGGGACAUUAGUCGUCGAUAAGGCUAUUUUUGAAGGUCAACAAUUGGAUUAUAGCACAACACCAAAAAAUGUGAAGAAAUGGAAACAAAAUCGUGGUAAUGAACCGUCUGGAUGGUACAGUAAUAUCGAAUUUGAUGGACAUAAACACGGAACGCAUUUCGAAGGGGGUUCGCCACAUUGGGAUCAAUGGGGGCCACAUGGGCAUGGUAAUCAGCAUCAUAACCAUGAUCACACCCACAACUAUGAUCAUCAUCAAGGCAAUGAACAAUACGACCGAAGACAUGGUCAUGGACAUCAACACAAUCAUGAUUAUGACCACGCUUAUGACCAUAGCAAUCCUCAUGAUCAUGGAUACCAGUGGCAAUAAUGAAAAAUUAUAACAUUAGAGAAACCUCAUUAUACUCCACAUGUACAUAAAGAUAUGAGUUGUUGAUUAUUGAAUAA